GAAACAAUAGAGUAAAAGAAAAUUUAGCACAUCGUCAAAGCUGACUAGUAUAUUUGCUUAUUGCACUUUCAUUCUCUGGAAGCACCAAGAUUACAUAUUUCUCAAACUUUCCUUCGGUUUUUUCUUUUGAUUUUCAAUCUUUCUUUGUAGUCUUUGAGUCUAUAAGACAAAUUAAAUAUGUCUAUUUCUGGUAGUUUGCCUGAUGGGUUGGUGGCUCCAAACGAUUCUCUUGCUAAAAAACGUGAAAAAAUCAUCAUAGAUACUGAUCCUGGCAUUGAUGACAGCAUGGCGAUAUUAAUGGCAUUCCAGACUCCAGAAGUUGAGAUACUAGGCUUAACUACAAUAUUUGGAAAUGCUACUACAAAAAAUGCUACACGAAAUGCAUUAGUUUUGUGUGAGACUGCAGAAUUUCCAGAUAUCCCAGUGGCGGAGGGUAGCCUUGAAUCUUUGAAGAGAGGGGAGCCAUGUGUUGCAGACUUUGUUCAUGGUUCAGAUGGAAUAGGCAACUUAUUCUUACCUUCUCCAAAUUCUAAAAAAAUUGAGAAAUCUGCAUCUGAAUUUCUGGUGGAUAAAGUAUCCGAAUAUCCUGGUGAAGUAUCUAUACUUGCAUUAGGACCACUUACAAAUCUAGCCUUGGCUGUUAAGAGGGACUCAAACUUUGCAAGCAAGGUGAAGAGGGUGGUAAUACUUGGCGGUUCCUUUUUUGCUUUGGGAAAUGUUAAUCCUGCUGCAGAAGCAAAUAUACAUGGUGAUCCAGAGGCUGCAGAUAUUGUGUUUACCUCAGGAGCAAAUAUUGAUGUUGUUGGUAUCAACAUUACCACACAAGUCAAAAUGACAGACGCUGACCUUGAUGAACUGAGGCAAUCCAAAGGAAAACAUGCUAAGUUUUUGUGCAACAUGUGCAAAUUUUACCGAGAUUUUCAUGUAGAGUCAGAUGGCGUAUAUGGAGUUUUUCCUCAUGAUCCUGUCACGUUUGUGGCACUAGUUCGACCUGACCUCUUCACGUACAAGAAAGGCGUUGUGAGGGUUGAGACACAAGGCAUUUGCGUUGGUCACACGCUCUUGGACCAAGGCCUAAAGAAGUGGAAUACGAGCAAUCCGUGGACAGAGUGUUCUCCAGUUUCAGUUGCGUGGACAGUUGAUGCGGAUGAAGUUCUGAAUUAUAUAAAGAAAACUUUAAUGAAACCAUGAAUAUUUUCAUCCUUGUGUCAUAGCUAAAAUAUUCUUGAAAUUGAGCAAUGCAUUUUCUGAUUUCUCACAGCAUUUAAACUUCUGAAUAUUUCAUCCUUCUAUCUAGAGGGCUUAUUUAAGCUGUAUUCUGUGAUGAAAUUUGGGCAUAAGAUGCCCAUGUACACGUGUUUAUGUUGAUGAAAGUAAAAGAGUUUGUCCAG